CGGGGCCGGGAGUUGCCGAAGGGAGCGGAGGAGGGAGGCCCUGCCGCGCGGCUCGGGGAGGAGGCGGAGAAGACGGCCGGACGGGGCGGGGCGCCCACUGCUUCCCGGCCGCAGCCAUGGCCGACGAGACCCCCAGGAAGGGCAACUUCUCGGCGCUCGUGGGGCACACCAAUGGCCUCACCAAGCCAGCGUCCCUGGCCGCGGCCGCCGUCUCCUCCAAGCCAGGGGGCGGCGGCGGCUCCAAGAAACUUGUGAUCAAGAAUUUCCGAGACAGACCCAAGUUGCCUGAUAACUACACUCAGGACACCUGGCAGAAGCUUCAUGAGGCAGUGAAAGCCAUUCAAGGUAGUACCUCCAUCAGAUACAACCUGGAAGAGCUCUACCAGGCUGUUGAAAACCUCUGUUCUCAUAAAGUUUCCCCAACGCUUUACAAGCAGCUCCGCCAGGUCUGUGAAGAUCAUGUCCAAGCACAAAUUCUUCAGUUUAGAGAAGACUCACUAGAUAGUGUUUUGUUUUUAAAGAAGAUUAACACAUGCUGGCAAGAUCACUGCAGACAAAUGAUCAUGAUCAGAAGUAUUUUCCUGUUUUUGGAUCGCACUUACGUACUUCAGAAUUCCAUGCUUCCUUCCAUCUGGGAUAUGGGAUUAGAACUAUUUAGAAACCAUAUUAUUAGUGAUAAAAUGGUUCAGAGUAAAACUAUUGAUGGAAUUCUGCUAUUGAUUGAACAAGAAAGAAAUGGUGAAGCUGUUGACCGAAGCCUAUUGAGAAGUCUGCUGAGUAUGCUCUCUGAUCUUCAGGUAUAUAAAGAUUCAUUUGAACUGAAAUUUUUGGAAGAAACUAAUUGUUUAUAUGCUGCAGAAGGCCAAAGGUUAAUGCAAGAAAGAGAGGUUCCAGAAUAUCUUAACCAUGUAAGUAAACGUUUAGAGGAAGAAGGAGACCGAGUAAUCACGUAUUUAGACCACAGUACACAAAAACCACUGAUUGCUUGUGUGGAGAAACAGCUAUUAGGAGAACAUUUAACAGCAAUUCUGCAGAAAGGACUUGAUCACUUACUUGAUGAGAACAGAGUGCCUGAUCUCACUCAGAUGUACCAGCUGUUUAGCCGAGUGAAGGGCGGGCAGCAGAUCCUGCUUCAGCACUGGAGCGAGUACAUCAAGACUUUUGGGACAACGAUUGUUAUCAAUCCUGAAAAAGAUAAAGAUAUGGUCCAGGACCUGCUGGAUUUUAAGGACAGAGUGGACCAUGUGAUAGAAGUAUGCUUUCAGAGGAAUGAGAAGUUCAUCAACUUGAUGAAGGAAUCCUUUGAAACGUUUAUCAACAAGAGGCCAAAUAAGCCUGCAGAACUGAUCGCAAAACAUGUUGAUUCAAAAUUGAGAGCGGGUAAUAAAGAAGCAACAGAUGAAGAGCUGGAGAGGAUCCUUGACAAAAUCAUGAUAAUAUUCAGGUUUAUUCAUGGUAAAGAUGUCUUUGAAGCAUUUUAUAAAAAAGAUUUGGCAAAAAGACUCCUUGUGGGAAAAAGUGCCUCAGUCGAUGCUGAAAAAUCUAUGUUGUCAAAACUAAAGCAUGAAUGUGGUGCUGCUUUCACCAGCAAACUGGAAGGCAUGUUCAAGGACAUGGAGCUCUCCAAGGACAUCAUGAUUCAUUUCAAGCAGUAUAUGCAGAAUCAGAGUGACCCAGGCUCUAUAGAUCUAACAGUAAAUAUACUUACUAUGGGAUACUGGCCAACAUAUACACCUAUGGAAGUACAUUUAACUCCAGAGAUGAUUAAACUUCAAGAAGUAUUUAAGACAUUUUAUCUCGGAAAGCACAGUGGUCGAAAACUUCAAUGGCAAACUACAUUGGGACAUGCUGUUUUAAAAGCAGAGUUUAAGGAAGGAAAGAAAGAGUUCCAGGUAUCCCUCUUCCAGACUCUGGUGCUUCUCAUGUUCAAUGAAGGGGACGGAUUCAGCUUUGAAGACAUAAAAGUGGCCACUGGGAUAGAGGACAGUGAAUUGCGGAGAACAUUACAGUCACUGGCCUGUGGCAAAGCACGAGUUCUGAUUAAAAGUCCCAAAGGAAAGGAGGUAGAAGAUGGAGACAAAUUCAUUUUUAAUGGAGAUUUCAAACACAAGUUAUUUCGAAUAAAGAUCAAUCAAAUUCAGAUGAAGGAAACCGUUGAAGAACAAGUCAGCACCACUGAGCGAGUGUUUCAGGACAGACAGUAUCAGAUUGAUGCUGCCAUCGUCAGAAUAAUGAAGAUGAGAAAGACUCUAAUGGACAUUCAUUAUCAGUGCAAGUACCCUGAGUUUGUGUUGUCCAGUUUGAUAAAAGACCAGCUGACCCUCCCUUCUCACCAAGGGAGUCGAGGUGGACCAAUGAGUCUCAACACUGAAAUGCCUGGAGAUUUGAAAAAGAGAAUUGAAUCUCUUAUAGACAGAGACUAUAUGGAGAGAGAUAAAGACAAUCCAAAUCAGUACCAUUACGUGGCCUGAUGCAUCGGCCAGCUGUUUUCUCUCAGUGAGACACUGGAAUGUAUCUCCAGAGCAGUGAAACACCUCUGUGCUGUUUUAAGGGUUUUCUGGGAUUGAGCCAGCACAGAUACUUUGGAUUCGAAGGAAAGGAGAUGAUUCUUGAAUAACCCUUCACAAGGCUUAAGGAUUUGCAAAUGGCAUAUAUAUCUUUUCACCCUCCAGUUCUUCCUCUUGUUCUUUUAGGCAUUUAAGUUGUUUCCAUUGCUCUGUGCAGAAUGACAUUGGGAUUGGACAAGAAGAUACUGGUUAAAUGAGGUUCCUUUGUAAGGUGGUGUUCUUGUGGCAAAAAAAACUGAAAGUUUGGUUUGUUUUUGUGUGUGAUCAUGAAUGCACAAUAAAAAGACCCUCUAUGCUGCAUUCUUUAGCUACAGAGAUUACUUAGGUAUUCCUGAAGAUAAGCUAUUUUAGUUGAUGAACACUUAUAUUAAAACAAGAACCCUUAAUUGGUGAACAUUAAGAAGAAAGUCAGUGUUAAAAACUGGCUUAUUAAUUAUGCAAUCUAAAUACUGGCAUCUGUUUUUCAUUUAUUUUUAAAAAGUUUUAAACUUUAAUGACUGAUUUUUCUAUAAUGAGGUUUCUCAGUGAGAUCUCUGAUGUGCCAAGAGGACAUCGGGUCUGAUGUGUUUGGAGCAAUGAACCCAUCAGCGUCUUUAUUUCCACUGAAUUAUUUGUGAAUUUUCUUUUUAUGAUUUUGAGGGAAUAGUGUGUUUGUGUUUACCAUUCUAAGAUUGAGUCUAGCAGUCCCUGUAUUUUGCAUUGGGGUAACUGCUGUUUGAUUUUUUUUUUAAUUGCAGUAUUUGUAUGAAUGGUAUAAUAAAGUUUGGUUUUGUUCUUACAGUCACGCACAGGGACAGUCGUCAUUCUCUGUGCCAUAACCACUGUAAAAUGUUUUAUAGGAGACUUAAAGUCUUUAUUGUGAAGCAGAGGUUAUUUUGUCAAAAGAUUAAAAGGAUUUCAUUGGCACCUGGUUUCAUGUUGUGUAUGUAUAAUGAAGUUGAAUAGCAGAUUAUGUUAGUAUGGUAACUAUAACAAAGAUACUUUUAAAUAACAUUUAAAACUACUUUAUAUUUUACAUAAUGGCAUGUUUCAUUUUUAUUAAAAACUACCAAAGGAAUUUUGAUCAUGGUAUAAGUGUUUAAAGCAAUAUUUUCUGGACUAUAACAAGUUUAUAUAAUUUGAUUUUGUGCUAAAUUAUUCAAAGAUUCUGCAUUUUUGAAACAUGCGUGUUUAAAAUAUGACAUCUUAUGGGUUUCCAUAUGAAAAUCCUCUAUCAUCAUUUCUAUAUUUGUAAAUUUUCAUAUGAGUUCUAUGAUAUAUGGUCUAUAAAACACCAAAUAGAUUUCUACUUAUAUUUUAAGUUCACUGUCUCUAGCGAUUAAUAUUGUAACUUAAUGUAGACUUACUCUGAAUAAAAUUAGUUUAAUUGGCCUUAAAA